UAUCGGUAAUGAGAACUUCCUCUAAGAUGGAUUCCAAUGAGCGACGUGUAAUGAUGCUGAGGUUGACAUUGCUUAUCGUAUUUGUUUUUCAAGUGAAUGGAGAAGUUUUGAAUGCUGUUGGGGGUUCAGUUCCUGCAUAUAGACCACCGCAAGAUAAUUCACAGUCAAAAGUACUAGGACAAUCUGCUGGACAUCGACAGCCGAUAGGCGACCAAUCUCAACGUUCGCAGAAUCAGGGUCUAAGUGGAGCAGAUGGACAAAGAAAACAGCCUGUUGCUGGGAAACCAACAGCUUUCAGACUCUCAGAGAGCAGAGAAUGUGCAGAUGAUAUCAUAAAGCACUGUAACCCCAAAAUAUACAAAAAUAAUUUUGCCAUUCUGGAUUGCUUACAGUAUGACACGAAGAUAAUGGAAGAUUUAUCAGAAGUUUGUCAGCAUUUUUUAUGGAAAUACAAACUGAAUUUAACACAAGACGACAGGUUUGACUAUGCAGCUGGAGAAGUGUGUAAGCAGGAACUUAGCCAGAACAAAGAAUGUUCAGAGCUGGGGAAAGGCAAGGGACUGAUUAUACCAUGCUUAGUAGACAACAUUGUGAACAUCACGGGAAACUGUCGGACAUACCUGGAGAAAAUGGCCAGGAUUGUGUUCAGUGACUACAGACUGAUAUAUCAUUUCGUAGACCAGUGUGGUAAAGAUAUUACCCAGUUUAGCUGUGGAAGAGUGGCUCCAUUGGAUGAAAAUGAUGUUCAUUCUCAAGGAAAAACACUAGAAUGUUUAGCCGACAAGAUCGGAGAUUUAGCGGAUGGCUGUAGGAAGCAAUUAUUACGAGUGGCGGAACUACAGGCGGACGACUACCACUUGGAUCGCCAGCUGUACUAUGCCUGUCGCGAGGACAGGGAACAUCUGUGUGACGAGGUACCUGCAGGAGGAGGGAAAAUAUACGAAUGUCUCUUUAAACACAAAUUCAAUGAAAAAAUGUCACCAAAGUGUAAACAGAUGUUGACGGUGAGACAGCAACUCAUUGCUCAGGACGUCAAAGUAGAGAAGACAUUCUACAGUGCCUGUCACCAAGACAUGAAGGAACACCAUUGUUUUAAAAAGGACACAGAGGAAGGGGGUGACUUUCGCAGGGCCACCAUUUUAUUGUGCCUGGAAAAUGCUAUUAAAACAGAGAAACACAUAAGUGCUGAAUGCCAAGCAGAGAUGGCAGAACUUCGACAGGAACUGAUGGAGGACUACUCAAUCAGCCCGGAGAUUUUAUCCGACUGUAAAACGGAGAUACAGGAGUCGUGUGACAAGGGCUUAGAGAGGGGAGGCAAGACAAUUCACUGUCUGAUGGAUCUGGCUCGGCCCGACAGGGACCAACGAGGACACAAGCAGCAUAAACCAAUCACAGCUAAAUGUCGCAGAGCGCUGGAGGCAUUGAUUCAGGAGGCUGAUCCUGCCAGUGAUUAUAGAAUGGACAGGGUGUUACAAAAGGCAUGUGAACCUGUCGUACAAGCCGGUUGUAAACAUAUACAACCAGGGGAUGCCAGAGUGAUCAGCUGUUUGAUGGAUCACCUGGACUCCGAGAUCAUGCAAGACGAGUGUGAGGAGAGACUGAUGGAGAUACAGUACUUUGUGGCCAGAGACUUCAGAUUGGAUCAACAGUUGUUCAAAAAAUGUCGCCGCCCCGCCCGGGAGCUGUGUGGCGUCAAGGGCGACUGGCUGGAGAGUCGACACAAAGAUGACAAGAAGCCGGCAUAUGUCGUCGCAUGCUUGUUCAGACAUUUUAAGCAGGAAAAAGAAAAGAAAGGGAGAAAGGGGGAUCCAGCUAAUGCAGAGAAAGGGGUUUCCAAGCAGUGCAAGAUUGAGAUCAAGAGAGUGAUGAAGCAGCGAGCCCAGCGAGUUCAACUGAAGCCUGAGAUCGAGCAGGCUUGUCUCAGAGAUCUCGGAAUGCAUUGCUCCGAUUCUGAUGAUCCGGGAACAAACCAGGAAAUUGCCUGUUUACAAGAGCAUUACGACACCUUAGACCCUGAGUGUCAGGAUGUCAUAGGAAACUUCACGGAGGACGAAGACGAAAUGCCAGAGCUGGACAUCAUUCUGAUGAAAGCCUGUACCCCCAUGAUCAGCAAAUUCUGUGACACAGAUGAAAAUGUGGAUGAAGACGACACAGAUGAUAUCAUGGAGUGUCUGAUAGAGAAUAAAAACAGAAAAGAUAUGAACGAGAAAUGUCGAGCGGGCAUCGAGCAUCACCAACUGAUAUCAAUGAAGAAUUUCAGAUUUGAUCACAAGUUCAAAGAAGCUUGCAAGCGCUCUGUUUCCAAGUUCUGCAAAAACAAGAAAACAAAAAAUGAAGUGAUUUCCUGUCUCAGUGAGCACGUUAGAAAUGACACGUUGUUAGACGAGAAGCAGCGAAUUGACAGAGUCUGCAGAAAACAGCUACGUGUGGAAGUCUUAGAGAGGGGUGAAGAUAUUCACUUGGAUCGGAAAUUAGAGGAAGCCUGUCACAACGAUAUCAAGCAAAAAUGUGAAGGGUUGGAGUCAGGAAAUGCAAAGACAAUAGAGUGCCUUAAGAGUCAUCAGAAAACCCUGUCAAAUGCCUGUCACAAGGUUCUGUUCAAGAGGGAGAAAGAAGAAGCUGUACUGGGUGAUUACAAAGUACACUCUGUGUGCAAGAGGAUGAUCAAGAUGUUCUGUAAUGACAAGGAGGAGGAGGAUGAAAUCUUGCCCUGUCUAAAGAAGAACAAAGAUAACCCCGACUUUGACGACAAAUGCCACCAGCUGAUUACAAAGCGAGAAAUAGCCGAAAAUAAAGAUUAUAGAUUAAAUCCAGAUCUACAGAAGAAAUGCCGUCUAGACAUUCCUAAAUUCUGUUCUGAUAUUCUCAAAACUCAGAAGAAUGAUGACGAACUCCAGGGCAAGAUUGUUACUUGUCUGAGGAAAAAAUUUGCUGUGAAGAGACUGUCGAAUGGAUGCAACUCUGUCAUUAAAGACAUCAUCAAAGAUUCGGCAAACAAUUACAUGGAAGAUCCAGUCCUGGCCACAGCAUGUGAAAAAGAGAUCUUUAAAUACUGCGGCGAUGAGCACGAGAUGGCAAUGAAGGGAAGGUACCCUGAGAGCAGAAACAAAGUAGAAAUGGUACAGGUCCAGGAUGGCAAUGGAAGAGUUGUGGAGUGUCUAAAGCAAAAAUUCCUGAACCGUAUCAUCACUAAUACUGUUUGCAAACAGGAAAUUGAGAGAGUGAUUCAGGAAUCGCAGAUUGACAUUAACGUGGACCCACUGCUUCACAUGACCUGUCAGCGUGACCUUCAGAAGUUCUGUGGUGACCUUGAUACUGGUGAAGGACGUCGAAUGGCUUGCUUGCUAGCAGAACUUGAGGAUCACCCAAAACAAAUUUCUGAGAAAUGUUUGAAAGAAUUGAAUAAGAGGAAACAAUUAUGGGAAUUAGCAGCUCAGGGUAAACCCAUCGAGGGCUUUCAUGAUGUCUACCAGCAGAUUGUGGCCUCCCCCUCCAAGAACUAUCUCCUGUUUGUGAUCUGUAGUAUUAUAGGGGUGUUUUUCCUUGUGGGUAUUACGUGCGGCAGGGUCAGCAAGCGGGUAGCCAAACAGAACAAGAUGAAAUAAACAGAACACAUUCCACUACAUGCAGCUUCCAUCAUGGCGGAGAUCAAGUCCAGGGAUUUACGAGAAUUAAAUGGAUUUUCAGAAAUUUUUAGUUUCUGUUUGAAGGAAUUCUUUACAUUAAUAAUUUUCAGUCAAUUUAUAAAAUAACGAAAAUGUGAAGUGAGCCAUUUGGUGUCUUAAGAUGAUGAUAUAUCAAAGAUAGACUCUGAUAUUUUGGGUCAUAUGAAUUUUUUUUUUUUGAUAUGCUCAAAAAUGUCUCCUCAUGAAAUUAUAUUUUUUUAAUUUUAAAAAUCAAAUUGCCUCAAAAUUGAAGUGAUUUCUCUAUUUUAACUUCAUAGUAGACUAUUUAGAAGUUGCUCAUAUCUGUGAUUCAUGUAACAGUUUUUACAUAUAAAUGUAUUACAGACAUUAAUUCUAUUGUCCAGUGAAUUCAGAGAGAUUAUUUGCAUUUCCAGUUUAUUGUAAAUAUUUUUUUGUGAAUGAUUAAUUUGUGUGACAGUUACGAUGUGAUGGUAUGAUUGUUGAUGAAUGUUGAUACAUGUAAUACAUGUAAUAUGUUCCAUAAAAAAAUCCCCAUGUAUGUAUAAAUGUAGAAAAUCAACAGAAUUUAACUGCAGAAGCAUAAAAAUAUUUUGACCAAAAAAAUUAUACUGAAUAUACCAACUUCAAUAUUAAAUAGUAGAAAGCUUUGAUGUAUAUGAUCUUAGGGAUGUUUUUUUAAUUAUUUUUUAUGGCUAAGGAAAAAAUUAUAUGAAUCUGUGAUUUGCCCCAGCUUAUAAUGCUUUAAUACAUAAAGUACCAGUAGAAUUAGACAUACAAUGUAUCAUGCUUUUACAUGCUUAUUUUGAUAUAAAAAUGAAAUUUUAAAGCAUGGUUCUAAAUGUGCAUAAUCACUUAAACCUUCCUGUAAAUUAGCUUGCAGAUGAUGCAAGGCUCUGUGCACAUGUUGUGAAAUACUCAAAAUUCAACAGAAAGAAAGAAAUACAUGUCAGAGGCAAAUGUUUUAAAAUAAUUGUGUGUGCACGCAUAACCGAGCUGUAGGUAGUCAUCUAGCAUUAUUGCAUGUCUUGUCCUACCUGUCAUAAAAUAUAUUCUCCACAAUCAGAUAAUCAGAAAUGUCCAAAGAAUUGUAUUCCUAAUUUUCUUUGCAGUUGAAAUUUUCAUCAGGUGAUUUUUUUUUUGGGGGGGGGGUUAAUUUUCAUACCCAUUUGGACAUUUUCUGUGUUUUCUGUUUUAGACAGUAUAAUACACCGGUAAUAAACAUGUGUGUUACAUGUGGAUGUUUGAACAUUAGAUUCCUUUAUAUUUGAAAAGAGUUACAAAGUCUGUUUAAAUGAAUUGUAACAUUUGAAGUCGUAAUUCUUUUCAUGACCAAACAAUUAUCAGAAUGGGGAAAAAAUUUAUAAUAAAGAUUGAAUAAAUAUACAUGAAUGAGAGGACUAAUAUAUAAUACUUUGUCUCACUCUGAGUAAGAAAACUAUUGUUAAUUAGGUGCAUAGUUUGCUGAGGUAUUACAGUAACUUAUUUUGUGGCUUUGUUUCCAUUCCCAUAAGCAUGUGAACAAAAAUUGACUUGGUGCUUUAACUUGUGCGUAUCCUUAUGAUAGAGGUCAGCUUUUAUGACUAUAUCACUCAAUGAACAUAAUCAUAUGUUGUACAUUAAAUACAUAUAAUAAAUAAAAACUUAUUUUUUGUGCCCUUUUGUCUUGCAGACCAGAUAAAUCUUUCAUGGAAAAAAAGAUUUUUCCUCCUUGUGUGAGUUAGACUGACAGUGCUUUAUACAUGAAUAUGUUACAUUUCAGAUGUUGCCCAAAUAGACUGUGUUAAAUUUACAAUACAGUAAUAGUAAUUGUUAUUUAUUUUGUAUAUUGUUUGCUAGAGUACAUUUUAUAUUUAAAAUAGCUUUAACAUUGUCUCUUAUUACACUGAUCUUUUAUUUUUCUCUUGAAUUUAUACAUAAAGUAUGUAUUCCCCCUUGUUUGAAAGAUGAAAGUUUGUACUAGGUUCAAGAUCAAGAUGCUGGAAUAUUCUUAUGCAGUUGAUGAUUUUUUUUCACAGUCAAAGGAUUUGUUUUGAAACAUCUUUCAUAAGUAAAUGUACUUCAAGAAAGCAAUAAAGCUGUUAUUUGUUGGAAAAGGCUCGUUAGACUAAGAGCAAUGAGUAAUAUUUGAUACACAGAUCAUGAGAAAUUAAAAAAGAAAGCAAAUUCAAAGUGAAAAAAAAAUACAAAAAUUAUUUCAUUCCUUAGCCUUCCUAGUCAUUCAAGUAGGAAAAUCAUGUACAUGUAGAUGUUUAGCCUUCCAUGAAAAUCAUGUACAUGUAAAUGUUUAAUUUCAUCAUAAUAUCCAAUACUAGAACACAUGCUUGCUUUUACCCACUACUUCAAAACCAACAACAUGUGGCAUUUCUUAUUUGAAUGAUUGUUUGUUAACAUAUAAGACAUCUUUUGUGGGUUUAUGGUUACUGUUCAAGUUAUGUACAUGUAUUUCUGGUGUUUGAUUUUUCUAGUUUGUUUUUUACAAAGUAUGUAUUGAUGAUUCCUUUUAUGGAAGCAAAGAAAAUUUUUUUUAACAUUUCAUUUUCUUCUCUCUGUUAUAUGGUACAUGCUCUAUAAAAUUUUGAUUAUUAAAAAAAAAAUACUGGUUGAGGUUUCUACCUUCACUUAUACAGAUUCAUAUUUCUUUUUUGUGUGUGUCUGUAUCAUUUAUUUAAAACAGUGAAGAAUUUAAAAAAAAGUAACAUGUAACUAUAUGUCCUUUAUCAUGGCUUGUAUGUUUGUUUCAUGUAAAAUUAACUAUUUUCGACAUAGUUAAUUAUUUUGAUUGUGAAAUAUAUUAAAUAUAUAUAUACUGAAUAAAUUAAUGAUAAGU